AUGUGUAUCAGUGGACUGGUUCUGUUCGGCGGCUGCAGUGUAAUCAUGGAUAUUUUCAAGAUGAUUUAUUACGUGGGUCGUAUACACUGCGAGUCGCCUGUGAAAAUAGUCUUCCCUGCUGUGCAAGCUCUGUUUGUCAUUGUGCAGACAUACGUCCUCUGGGUUCAUGCAAAAGACUGCGUGCAGAUACAGCAAAUCAUCACACGUUGUGGUCUGAUGUUGACGCUGUCAACGAACCUCGUGGUGUGGAUGAUGGCAGUGACGGAGGAGUCGCUCCAUCAAACAGUGGCUCCAGCCGACCCUUCAUACAACAGUUCUUCAAACGAUGGCCGCUCUGGAGCGAGUGAAUGCGAGUGUAGCCAUAACAUGUGCGAUGUCUUUGAAAAGGUCUACUACUACCUGUAUCCCUUCAACAUCGAGUACAGCCUCUUCGCAUCAGCCAUGGCCUACGUCAUGUGGAAAAACGUUGGCCGCCAGAUGGAUGAUCACCAUAGCCACAAUCUGCGCUUUAGUCUGUGGGACGUCCUAAUCGGUCCAAUUGCUGGCCUGAUCAUUCUGGUGGCGGGCCUGGCUACGUUUGUGAUGUACGAAGUGGAUGUGGCCAAGGAGGAACCAAAAAAGAAGGAGGAAGCUCUGAUAAUGCAUUACAUCAUGAACAUAGUCGCCAUCCUUCUGAUGUCCAUCACAACUCUCAUCGGUUGUAUAAUCUUCCGGAUGGAUAAGAGGGAUCAGGUGUCUGGGAAGAACCCUACGCGGAGUCUGGAUGUGGGACUGCUUGUGGGAUCGUCCCUGGGCCAGUUCCUCAUUUGUUACUUCACUAUAGUAGCUGUUCUGGCAUCAGGGGUCCAGGGGCACAUAAAUGGGCUCAACCUGGCCAAUUCUAUUCUGACUGUGAUCCAGUUGUGCCUACAGAACACCUUCCUCAUCAAGGGCCUCCAUCGGGAGCCUUUCAAAGAGACGGAGACAGCCACCGUCUUCGCCAACGUCAUGGCUGUAAGAGAGAGAGACCCGGAAAGACGGAGUAGCUCUAUCGUCCCAGCUCACACGCUACCCAUCCCGUUGACGUUGCUUCAGGGUCGACUCAACUGGAAGAGGAGGAUCCUUAAGGAGAUCUGCGCCUUCCUGCUACUCUGCAAUGUCAUUCUUUGGAUUAUGCCUGCCUUUGGAGCCCGGCCUCAGUUUGACAACACCGUCGGAUCAAACAUUUAUGAAUUCCAAACGUGGGCAGCGGUUGUGAAUAUUGGAAUGCCAUUUGGGAUCUUCUACCGUAUGCACUCAGUGGCUAGUCUGUUUGAGGUGUGCUUCACCUCGUAA